AUGCUGGAGACGCACGAGCCCCCUUCGAUCUUCACUGCAACAUCUGCCGUUUCGCUCGCAGGUGUAUUGGCCACGUAUCUGCUUGCGAGUACCGCUGCGCGAAGGUUCUUACCGCCAAAAGUUCGUUGGCAGGAUAAAACAACCUUUAUCUGGCUUGUGUUCGACGGCCUCAUUCACCUCAUCCUUGAAGCCAGUUUCCUUUACCAUUCGACCUUUGGUCGCACCGUCAACACUGGCAGUGGGCCAUUUGCGCAAGUCUGGCGCGAAUAUGCAGCGGCCGACUAUCGUUGGGGCACAGCGGACCCAACUGUAGUGUCCCUAGAACUUCUGACUGUCUUUAUAGGUGGACCGCUGGCGCUCUACAUUGCUUACCAGAUCGCCCGAAACGAUCCUGCUCGGCACUACUGGAUCGUCGUACUCAGCACAGGUGAACUGUACGGCGGUUGGAUGACCUUCUGCCCCGAGUGGCUGACCGCUUCACCGUCUCUCGCAACACAUCACUGGCUUUACCUCUGGGUCUAUCUAGUCUUCAUGAACGUCAUCUGGGUUGUCAUCCCACUAUGGCUGAUGUGGGACUCAUACGGACACAUCGCGAUAUCCUUGCGCUCUGCACACUCCGGGCCUGCGCCGAAGAAGCGCGCCUGA